GCGAACACGAACAUGGCUUCGUCAAUGGCGAAUCUCCAAUAGUGAGUUCCUGAGUCAAAUCAUUCACUGAGUCGUGCCACCGAGUCAGAUCUUUCAGCAUGUUGGACGGCCUGCUCGGUCGAGGAUUCGCCGCAAAAUGCAAAUCGUUGAUCAAAUUGACGAAGAACCGGAUCGAUGUGAUAAGGAGGAAGAGGAAGGCGACGGAGAAGUUUCUUAAGAAAGACAUGGCUGAUCUGCUGGUGAACGGUCUAGAUGUCAAUGCAUACGGAAGGGCUGAAGGACUCAUUGCUGAGUUGACAUUAUCAUCUUGUUAUGAUUUUGUUGAGCAAUCCUGUGAUUUUGUGUUGAAGCACCUCUCGGUGCUGCAGAAACUGAGUGGAUGCCCAGAGGAGUGCAGGGAGGCUAUAUCCACUCUGAUGUUUGCCGCUGCAAGAUUUUCUGAUCUACCAGAGUUACGUGAUCUUCGGCAAAUCUUUCAGGAGAGAUACGGAAAUUCCCUAGAAUGUUAUGUCAAUCAAGAGUUUGCUGCAAAUUUGAAUUCAAAGUCUUCUACAUUGGAGAAGAAGGUCCACUUGAUGCAGGAUAUUGCUUCAGAUUUUUCAAUAAAGUGGGACUCAAAAGCUUUCGAACUGAGGAUGUCGAAAUCCUCUGCUUUUGCACAGGGCCACAGUACUUUUAAGUCUAACCAUACGACUGAUUAUAAUAAACCAUCGCAAGGCAAGGAUGCUACCCCAAGAGGAGUCAAGUAUGAGAUUUUGUCAGAGAAAAGACCUGACUAUCCUAAUGAUGGGCACAAAUUUCAGAAAGGCAAGGAAGCUGUUGUUUCAAAAAAAGAUGGAAAUCAUCUUCAUUCUACAUCCAAACUCCCUGAAAAUGGAUUCAAGCCACUAACUAGUCAUGAUGAAGUCAAUCUGAAAAGGAAUAACCAUGGAAAUCCAUUAUCAGGAAGAGAAGAACUUACUUCUAAGAAGAGUGAUAGGGGUUAUUGGAAGGAGGGUAGUAUGAUAAAACCAAUUGCAUGUUCAUCUCAGGAUAAAAGAGAGGAACAAUUUGAAGGUGGUUCGAAUCUGCAUGAUAGUUGGGGGAAUGCCACCCGUGUAAGAGAAAGCCAAGAUGCUGCCGCUGCUAGGAAGUCUCCUAAUCAUGCAGGAUUUUGUUCAAAGAACAAUGUGAACGAGCCAUUUGCUGUUAAUCAUGGUGGCCUACCUAAUGUUGAUAACUCAGACAGAAAAGAUCAGAAGGAUGAAACUCCUAGGGUAAAGUCUUACUACAAUAAUGCCAUCCCACCUCCUUAUGUAAAACCUAAUUCCAAACUGAAGAACAGCACACGGGGAGCAAAUUUAGUGUCUUCACAUAUAGACAUCCCUACAUAUUCUUCGAUACAGGAAAAGCCUGAUGCUGCUUCUACAUCAGAGAGGAUCCAGUUAGGUUUGAAUAAUUCUGAAUGGGAUUUACAGGCCAGUAGACAUGCAAGACUGAGUAAACAGGGUCACGAAAAAGAACUCUCUAAUCACGAAGAAGCUACAGAAGUCCCUGUAUUAAAACAAAAAUCAAUGAGGUCGAAGCACUCAAAAUCACGAUCUACUCACAAUGAUACUAGUAACGAAGAUGCUGAAGUUGUGAGAAAAUCAAGGAGCAGGAGACGAGAUGAAUCAAGAAGAGGCCUGCAAAUUUUGUUUGAUGAUGAGCAACAUAAAACUGAGGAGGACGAAAGGAUAAUAGAUAAAUUACUGAUCCAUUAUAGCAACAAGCCAUCCAUCCCUGUGCCUGAAAAGGCAAGACGAAAGUCUAAAAGUCGCCAUGCACAUCAAAUGGAUAACUCUACCAGGGAAUCCCCAAAGAAUGGUAGAAGAGAUGGACCUGAUGAAACACCAGGCAUGGUUACUGGUCCACCACGUUCAGUCUCCCUUCCUCAUGAACAAACAGAAGCUGUGGAAGUUAACAAGGCAUUUGCUCGUGCUGCUUCUUUUCAGCAAGAUAGAUCAAACGAAGCUCGGCAUGUGCAUCCCAAGCUACCUGACUGUGAUGAUUUAGCUGCUAGGAUUGCGGCCUUGAGAGGAACAUAAGGGGGGAUAGAAGUACAAUGAAUAAUUGCUCCUCCUUUACCAGCGUGAUUGCAGUGAUUAUGAAUAUGAUCAUCAUGCUUUAAUCUCAUGUGCCGUUGGUAUAGUUGAAGGUUGAACGGCGGUGCUUUAAAUUCCAAAUUGUUGACUACUCCACAGCUUGUAUUUUAGCGGCCAUGGCCGUACCUGUGUUGAUUGACAAUAUUCUGUCAUCAUUUUUUCUUAUGGUGGCUAUACGCAACUUGAAUUCAGUUUUUUUUUGGGUC